AUGACAUCUCGCGCUGUGUUCAGUGAGCUGAGGAGCCUACAGAGGAACUUGAGCAGGACACACUCGGACCAGAUCAGGCUCCUAAAUGAACAGCAGAGAGUUCUGAAAGAGAUUAAUCGACUCGGGACUGAGCACCUCAAACAACUCUCGGACCUCCAUUCCACGAUCGCCGCCGAAGUCAACUCCAUGCUGAACUCUGCGGGUGCAUUGAAGGACGCGUUGCGGUCGGUGACAGAGGAAGUCUCGAAAUUGACCCAGUCCCUCGAACGAGGAGCGCUUCAACAGAGCGAAGCUCUCACGACGACCCAAGAAUCCAACGCCAGGAUCCUGGCAGAGUACCAAAACAUCGUUCACUCGACACUGGCGUCAAUAUCCCAGUCGAUGCGCCAUUGGGACGAUUCAUUGGAACGCGGACUAUCUCGCGUACAAGAAAUCGACCGCCUGAAUCAAGACACCAUCGCCAAGAUCGCACACUCAAACGAAGCAAUCGACUCAAUCACCCAGCAAGCCGGCGUCCUCGAAGUCCACCUUCAAAACCUCACACACCUCUCUCACGAAUCAACAACACACCUCCUAGACCUCCACAUCACCGGGACCCAAAAAAUCGACAUCUCCACCCAACAGCUCCUCCACUCAACCCUCCAAUCCCUCCACACUCUCUCGUCCCAAACCCACACUGCCUGGUCUUCAAUCCUCGACACCAUCAAAGACGAUACUGAGACUACCAUGACCGGGUUCCGGACCGAUGUUGCGGAGGCAAUGAGGGAAACUGUGGAUGAGAUUGGGCAGAUGGCGAGGGAGUCAACGGAGAAUGUCGAAAGAUUGAGUCGGGAUUUGGAGGAGUUUUGGAGGAACCAGGAGGAUGCUUUGGGAAGGGUUAGACCACUUUUGGGCACUUGGGGUGUUGUUAGGAGAGUUCUUGAGAGCCAGUCUGUCUUGAUCGAAGGAGGGGGUGUUCGAGGAGGAGGAGGAGGAGGAGGAGGGCUGAUGGUCUCGCGGAUGGGAGUCUUAAGAAAGGCUCAGAGGGACGAUGCUGUGGAGCAGGAGCAGGAGAAGGCGUACGAGUAUGGUGUUGGCGAUGAGUAUGAAGAUGAUGUGGAUGAGGAUGAUUAUGCGGAGAGCUACCUGGAUACGGACAGUGCAGAGGAAGAGGGCGAAGACAUCGAGAUGGAAGAGCAUUUCCAGCAGCAAUAUAACGAUGACAUCUUCGAGCAGCGAGCCACCGCGCGGUAUAACAACCCUACCUCACCAUCGACGCCAGCACCUUCCACCGUGAAGCCCAAGGGACAGUAUCAGUACCGUUCCCUGAGCGUCAACCACAAACCUCUGACCAAGGCUUCGGUGGACAUGGACAUGGAUAUGUGGGAGAGGGUCGCCGCGUCUUGGGACCUGGGCCUCGGGACCUACGUCAGCUCUUCCUCCACCAGAGGUGACAUCUAUCAAGGAGUUUGA